UUUAUCUAAGUAUUAAGAAAUUUCAAAAUCUUUAUUAGGUUCCCCGGUUCCAAUUUCCCAAAUGCAAACUUCAUUGAUAAGGUAACACAACCCACAUGGCUGCAGUGAAAUGCUGUGGGACAGAGAGUCUCAACCCGAUUCCAUCAAAAGGGCCACCAAUGUGUACAAGCUAGAUAUGUAUAUAUUCUAUAAAGGCAUUCACAAUCCUAUAUAUUGAUGGACCAACUUGUACUUAGGGGUCAGAAGCUGCAUAUAAGGGCACAAGAACCGAUAAUAUUUUGGAUUCUGUAAUUGAUAAAUUUUGAGAUGGCGAAUAUGCAAAUUGUUCCAGCUUCCAAAAAUGUGGAGGCACAGUACGUAGAGAUGAUGGUCCCUCUGUAUUCCUAUGGUUGUGAGAGGAAAGUAAGGAAGACCCUGUCCCAUCUCAAAGGAAUUUAUUCUGUAAAUGUAGAUUACUAUCAACAGAAAGUAACAGUGUGGGGAAUAUGCAACAAAUAUGAUGUAUUAGCAACCAUGAAAAGCAAGAGAAAAGAAGCUCGAUUUUGGAAUGAAGAAGACAACAUAACACAAACGGAAAAAAAAGAAUCACCAUUGUCAUCCCCUCCCUUCAAGCCUGCUUUAUCCUUACUCAAGGCUCACUCUUUAAGUUUAAACUGGAAGGCUUGGACAAAGGUCUUCACUAGAUCACUUUCCUUUUAAGUAAUUGUCGCUACCUAAUAAUCAAUUUCAUGUAAUUAAUAUUUUGCAUUAUAAAUCAUAUGUAUGUGUAAAUUCAAUGUAUCUUGUUAAAAACUCGAAAGUGUACGGUUCGCACUAAAAAAUCAAAAUAAUACACAUUAUUAUCCUAUAAA